AUGGUUGUGACAGCAUUAGGCACCACUUACUGGCAUGGCCCCAACACCUACGUUGCCAUGAACGGUGGUUUCAAGGAGAAAUCGGGACACAAUCAGCUUGCCGGCGGUUACCCAGUUUCUUCUGAAGAUCCUUGGAGAAGCUUACUGGUUGUUCUGGUGUUUUUUACCUAUUUGGUUAAGACAGGGCAUGGACAGCAACGACGUGAACCCAAUGCUGACGGGGAAAAUCCUCAUGAUAUCCCGCCAGCUGAUGAUUUGGUUAUCCCGCCCGAGGUGCCCAGGAGCGAUGUACAAACACAAACUGAGAACAAUGUAAACGCUUCAAUAAUCGCAUACUGCACGGAUGACCUGCAGUCAAACACACCCAACUCGAUCGAGGUCAUCCGCAACAACCCCCAAACGGACAUACUCCCUCAUAACAAUCUUCAGAAUAAAGCCAACCAACUAGACGCCAUGGUGCGUCCAUUUCCAGUCAGCGUAACGGUUCAGAUAGGUGAUCAGAUAACCCGGCUUUAUGAGGACAAUCAAGUUUCUGGUCUUCCACACGCGAAGCAACAAAAGCGAAAGAAACGUAAACGUCUUAAUCGGUCAAAACAUGUUGGGCAUGUUUCCUCAAAAAAGGAAUAUCCCACUGCGUUGGACCUGCACCAGAGAAACACCCCCCACCCAGAUACCCUUCAAUCCAAAGCUUCCAACCACUUUACGCAGAACGACUUCCACAAAAACACCUGGCACAAGAACAACCAUGGCACAACUGACAACACUCCUAAGGGAGCCUGGAAAGAAGACCCUACGAUGUGUCCAUCCCCGGAAAGGACUAACAGACAUGAUCCUAGAUCCCUGUGCAGAGAGGAGAGUCGACAACAGAAACCUGGAAAUCAUAUAAACUGUUCUCAGAAGCAAGAAAAAUUUGACAUUUUUAAGGCGACGGUUGUGAGAUGUGAUGAUAAUGAAAAGGCGUUUUCCGAACCUAGACAUGUCACUAGCGCGAUAGAACGUCCAAACCGUCAUACGCAUUUCAGCAUUCCAGAUAUAGGAAUCGAAACUUCUGAUUUGUUGCUUGACAGAGAUACUUUUGCGAAUAUUAGAAGAUCCUCAUCCUUUGCUAGGCAAAGUCACCCCGUGAUCCAUGAUGACAAAUUUCCCACAGCUGGGUUUCCCGACACCACUGCUAAAUCACAUGGUCAACGAGUCGCACACAACAAAAACACCCGUCACUCCAUUGCCUUUCAGUCAAACACUCCCGAAUAUAGCAAUUCUAAAAAGAAUACGUUCGGGAAAAGCAACCUCGACCAGGAUGAUAUCACUCAGCCGAAAGCAACCUGGACAGAGAACAUCAGCGUGCCAGUAUGCACGGAAAUCAUGAAAGGGGGUCAGAACCCUCGCCAUAGUAAAGGAAGUCAAAUUUCUUAUGCUCUACCUGGAAAACCAGGUCAACAAAGUAAACCCCACAAUGGUACAAGAGCAAAUGCUAUGGCUCAUUCCUCGAAUGGUGCGUGUACCACUACUGAACCUGACGGCAGUAUGGAGUCUAAACUAUGGAGCAGCUGCGCCGCCAACCACGACCUAUCCAAUAAAAAGGCCAUUAAGCAUAGUAAUUUUUACUGUAGGAAGAUAAAGGGUGAAGUUGCGGAAAGACGAAAGGAUACAGGAAUAAAUAACAAGAUCAAGAUAGCAAAACUGAUGGACUAUUUGUCGGAGAACCAUGUAGAUAGGGAUGAUGACUGGAAAACUUCCAUUUCCCUACCCACAUAUCCGGCAUCUCAUCAGAUUCCACCUCAGUAUCCAGGACGUCACAGCUUUCCUAAUUAUCGUGACUCAUUUGACGGCUAUUGCUACGGGCAUGCUGAACAACGUCGACUUGAUAUUGAUACUACGGUUGCAACGUCAGAUGCACGCAACAAACAUGCGCAUGGACAUUCACGACGGAAUGUCGAAGUGAUCGAUCAUUUCAAAAGAAUUUCUACUGUGAUCGGUGAAGACCGACAUACGAGUGGAAUUACUGCAAUCAACACCCAACCGGAGUCUCCGUACCCAACAGAAUUGGACAAGCUGUGAGCUUCUACAUCUGCACGGAAAGCAGAAGUCUAAACAGGAUUAAAUCUAAGCCCGUAAUUGUAAUUCCCAGCAUCAACUUCUGUUGGCCAUGAUCUAAAAUUAAUUAACUGCAACACUUGCUGUUUAGGAUCCGAGUCUUACAUUUCACUUUUACGCACCCAUAGGCCUACGCUAUACAAGUUAGUUUCUUUACACAUGCUAACUAUGUCUUCAAUGCGAUGUUCUACCAUCGCAUCGUGACAAAGUUUUCUUUCAUUCCAUUCCCGGUGGAAGCAGUUGAAACGUAAUGACAGAGAAUGAUUGAACAUUUGUAAUCAAUGUGUUGGACAUUCAGUUGACCUGUUUGCAACAACACUGAUUAUGAAUGAUCAAAUGCAUGUUCUUGAUUGACAGUUGGGGAAAGUAUAACACAUCAGACAAGUGGAAGAUCCUUUUCUUCACAGGAAGCAAACGAAGAGAAAGCACAGCAAAGACCAAUAUCGUCACUGCAUUUGUCAGUAGAAGGUAAAGCCAGAUGGACAAACAAUUUUUUCGGUUUAAAUACAAAAAAUGGAGAUGGUAUAUAACUUCUGAUGUGAACAAAGUAUUCCUAAUGUGUUCAUUACUUUUGUGUUUUAUGUAUGGAACCUUGACGUUCCGUAACCAUUUCAGAGAUGUUAACUAAGGGAUGUUAUGUCAUCCACGGUUACAUACAUCGUGUGUAAUCUAACUAACAACAUCCUGACGUCACAUUACUAGGCAGAAUGUUAAUCCAUGUUUGAAAGUGUUUUUUUUUUUUCAUUACAAGGCUAUUUUUAAGGUACCCCCACGUGAAAUACACGCCGUCGGGUUAUGAACCAUUUUUAGAUGGUUUAAACGUGUUUAGUUUCCUAAACAUAUACACAGUAAGCCAUAGACUUAACAUUCGUAGAAAUUUACACAUCAUUAUUUUUAUAAGAAACAAAAUAUAUUUUGUCAUUUUUUGACAGAAAAAUAAGUAGAUAAUUAAAUGAAAAGGUGAAAAGGAUCUUUACUCAGAUCAGCUGUUUGCCGUUAUGUCACACCCAGUGACCCAUCCAUAAAACCGUGUGUAGAUAUGUCAACCAAAUAAUCUCAGCUUUAAAGAAGCAAAAAGCCUUUAAAAUUUGGUUGUGUUACCCAAGUAACUUGUGCCUUGUAUAAUUACGUAUUUACAUUUAUGAAGGGGUACACAAAGGGUUCUGAAGGGUUUCACACCUCUGAAUGUAUCUGUACCUUUAUCAGAUAUUAUCACAUCACUUUCAACGUGUUGUCUCAGUAAGGGUGUUUAACUAUUAAGAUAAGCAUCUGUUUGUGUCUCAGUCUAUAUUUCCGGAAAUACGUGAACGUGUGCUACAAGUGAUGGCGUCAGGCACACUUGACCCCUAGACAAUCCAAGUUUUUGCUUUAGUGUUGAUUAUGAAUAGGAUAUUAAAUGGCAUCCGUGAGGAAGUGGACAUGGCGAUUUUACCUAUACUUAUGUACUCGUGUUGAAUGAAACUAAGAGUUUGGUUUGAACAAUCUAGUGGAAAAAGCCUCAAAGUCAUGAAUGAAUAGUCAUUCAUGUAUGACGUAUCCUUCAAAUGUAGUCGUCUUCGCGCGUGAAUCCAGAGAACAUAGAAGGAAUAUUCCCUACUAACAACACUGAAGUGUUUGCUUAGACAUUUCCGCCAACGGAUAACAAGUACACCAACAGGGUCUUUGUGGAGGUAGAGAAACAGUUAGGCUUCGCAUGUAAACAGUCGUGCCGCCACCUAUAAAUACUGUCCCUCACAAAGGCUACGAAUCAUAAGUGGGCGUACAAACAUAUCCUAGGAAAAUGCAUCAAAUUCCGAAGGUGCAAAAUAUGGACCCUUCUAUCUGUAGUUCUGCGUGACGACAAAUCCUGUAUUAAUGAGGUGAUUUUUCCAUUUCAGUCGCAACUUUGUCCUUUGCUCCCAACAAAAACGAAAGACUUAGCUAUAAUAGAAUUCUUUUGAAAGUGGGAUUUUGUAUUCCUUUAUGCUAACAAAUCUGGUAAUUGCCCACCGGAAGUGGGACACAAACCCUAUCUGAGCACAUGAAACGCUACGCGAGGUUUAAAGCUCCUUUAAAGGAAAAUACCCUAAAAAUGAAAGUAAACAUCACUACGUAGACGACUUAAAUUAUGCGUAAAGGACACUUUUAUUUCUUUUUCAGGUUUUUAGGAAAACAAUUAUAUGCGGUAACUCAAUAUUAUAUAUAUAUAUUGAAAAGCAUAUUAAUCAUAAUUAAUAUUAUGUAUAUAAUAUAUAUUCAUGGACUGUCUGCAAAUUGAGAAUUGAAUGCAAAUUUACAGCACUGUGUGUUGUUACAGUAAAUCACGUUGUAAAUAUUUUACAUCAUUUGCCAGCGCAAUUCCGCACCGAUGUGGUGCAAUUUUACUCUAGUGGGAGGGUACUUACAGCAUUGUCUGUAACACCGUAGCGGUUUGACCACUUACUUUACGCUUUG